GGAUCGCUUUUUAAUUUAUUUUUGAUUGUUUGUUAUUCUGCUAUUACCAAACAAUGAAUAGCAUGAUACCAAACUAUCAAAAACAAAUUAAAAGACGAUCCAAUUACAUCGUUGGGAAAUUGUUUUAACCUCAUAUACGUAUUUAUAUAUACGAUCGACUUAUGUGAAAGCAGUAAUAGUCUGAUCAUCUUGGAACAAUGGUAUUAUGCUUCUAUGACAUGCUCUAUCAUAGAAUCUAACAGAUAUCUCAUGUUUUCUUUUUUGUGUUUGAAUAAGGUUGUUGCCCCUUCUGCUUCCUGAUUCUAUGGUAACAAAGGAUGGAGUUUUUCUUUUAGCUAGCUUGCUAUGCUGUUGAAGUCAAGAUACUAGUCACAUUAUAUUUCUUACUCAAAUGAGUGAAGACAGAGUUAUUGUCUCAGAAUCCCUUGAGGAAGUGAAGCCUAAAAGUUCACCAAGGAUAAGUGCAGCAGUAAAAAUAAACACCAGUAUUCCACUAUCUCUUCCAAACAGUGAUGAGAAGAUUCUUUCUCGUUACUUAGAACCUUCUAUAGGUUCGUGCCAUGAUAUCUGUAAAUAUGGAAUUAAGCAUGAUUAUGAAGCCAAGAGUAGGCAUCACUUUUUCGCAAGGUUUUUGGCCCAUAACCAGAUGCCUGAUGGAGAAUGCAAUCAAUCAAAUUUCAUGGUAGUACACAGAAAUAAGAAAUCAGAACUUAAGCCAAGGGCAAUUCGUACGACAGAUGAAUUCACUGAUAAGACUAGAUUCAGUAAGCAGAUGGAUCUUCCACCUGAGAAGAUAAUUCGGACUUCUAAUUCGCUUACCGAUAUAGCAGCAAGAUCUGUUCAUGAAUCCUCAGGCAUGAAGUUUAAUGCUGCACCAUAUGAUCAAGCAAAUAAUGCAUUUCUCGAGCAGUCAGCUGUAGAUCAAGAUGGAAAAUCAUCAGAGGAAUCUAUGGACAUUUCAACCGAUGAGGACAAAUCGAGCAACCUUUCCAGAAAAUUACUUUGUGAAUCUGUAACCAUGGGACUUGAUAGAACAACAAUGCAAAAUGAUUCUGCCAUUGAAGAACAUGCACCCAUUACACAGGCAGGAGAAUCACCUGAGGAACCUGUUAGCAUAAAGUUCAUGAUUUCGUCAACUAUUCAGGAAGAUGAUGUUUCUACCAAUUAUAAAGCAUCAAAUCCAUCAGAUGGAUUAUCAGUGGAGCAAACAAGCAUAGAGUUGUUGACUGCAUCUCCCAUCAAAGAUAACAUUGUUUCUGCUGACUAUCAAAAAGCUGAUGGAGCAGAGGAAUCACCUAAUAAGCUGAUAGAUAUCAAGAUGAAAACUCUUCCGGAAUCAUGUGAAGAAGGACCAUCAAGCUUGAAAUUGAUGAAUCCUAAGAGCAAAUCAUCUACUAAACACAGACCUGUUAGUGGGGCAGAAAGAGCAUCUAAAGAAGCAUUUAACACGAAGCUAAAGACUCCAGUUUAUAUAAGCCCUAUAUCUACUAUCAAAACACCAAGUACUCAAGUAGGAUUCUCCAAGGAACAGUUCCAGGUGAAGAGUUUGAGCACAGGUAUCAAAACAAAGAGAGAGCUGAACAAGCUGAACAGUGGUAAUGAGGUUGCUGGAGUCUCUGAUAGGCAUAAAGGCAUAAAGCAAGGGAAAAGUGACAUAUCUGGUGGACCAAAACUUGUCAAGAACAGUUCUGUAUUAAGGAAAACAACAAGAUCAGUCAAGUUGGAGCCUGAGCAAGAACGCCCAUCGCGUGUCAAGAGCACUACUGCAUCUGUUACAUCUAUAGCAAUCAAGAAAGCAACUUCAUCCCCUUCUAAGACAAUCGACGCAUCUUCUGAGCCUGCGAUGCCUUUAAAGCUGAAGAAGAUAGUAAAAUCUUCACCUCCAUUCGUUUCUUCAACAGAGAUAUCUGGCCGAAGGAAUCAGGAGAAGAUAAUCAAGGUAGCAAAACCACUGUCAGCUCCAUCCACCAAGCGUCAAUUCACCAGGGUAUCAAGCAUGAAGCUGAGGAAAUACAGGAAGUUAAUCCCUUCUUUCACAGCGAGCAAUCAAGCGAAAGCUGGAAAUUUUGGUGUCAAGGAGAAAACUGUCCAUGCCUCUGAGCCUAAUCUGGAGCAUGUUGAUCUCAGAACCCUGAGGCAAAAACUCAGGAAACACAGAUUACAUCCAAACAGUCAAGGAGGGCAUGAGGAAUCUGGAACUCAACCGAUUAGAGCCAGUGAAACUGCUAUUCACAUAGGGGUAUCUCAGAGAAGUUACAGAGAUGUUCCUAAAAGUGAAAUGAAGAUUAAACCGGGAAGAAUUUCUGGUGCUAACUCAGAAGAUAAAACUGAGACAUCUGGCAAGUUAAAUUUCAGCAGAAGGAAGGUGGUUGACUUGCGGUCUGAUAACAGUGCUCCAAUUAAACUCAGACUCAGGCAGGUUAAAACAGUCGGUGGCAACCAGAAGCCUAAAGAAAUAGAAACAAAGGGCUCUAAAAACAGGAUGAAAUCUGAUGGUGCAGGGCCAAGGACUGCUCUCUCAAAUGCUAUUAAUGUUGCUCUGAGACAUCAAAAUGUUGAUGAUAAGAAAGACACCCAAGGUCUGUUCAAUAACGUGAUCGCGGAAACUGCAAGUAAGCUUGUUGAGUCUAGGAAGAGCAAGGUGAGGGCCUUAGUUGGUGCCUUUGAGACCGUCUUAUCUCUUCAAGAAAGCAAAGUAGCUCCACUAGUUGCAGUUCUCUGACUGAUUCCUGAUGCUUCAAUAGCGAAUGAUGCUGCUUCCCUAUAAUCUCUCCUUUCAGAUUAGUCAAAUGGCUCUGUGGUGGAUCCUGGUGAAGUUUAUAUAUAUAGGCAUUAUGUUGAGAGGGAGAAACUUAGAGAGGUGAAUUGGUUUGCAAGGCUUAGAGGUUUUGCAGGAGGAUUGUGAACCUGUGUCACUGUCAUCUUUCUUUUGUCAGGCAGUUCACCAAUUUUACUA